UGGCUCCGCCCGCGCGGCGGCUGGGCUCCUGUCAGAGCCGGCUCCAGUCAUGCUGCUGCUCAGUGUUUUGUAAGUUGGCAGCGGAGGCUCGGGACGUGGCGCAGGUCCCGAUGGCGGCCCUGGCGGCUGCGGCGGCCCUGGCGUCGGCCGAGCCUGCACCCGCGGUGCCGCAGGCGGCGGGGAGCGGGGGCCCGACCUCGCGCCGAGACUUCUACUGGCUGCGUUCCUUCUUGGCUGGAGGUAUUGCUGGAUGCUGCGCCAAAACCACAGUGGCUCCCCUGGAUCGAGUAAAGGUUUUAUUACAAGCUCACAACCACCAUUACAAACAUUUAGGGGUACUGUCUACACUGCGUGCGGUUCCCCAGAAGGAAGGCUACCUUGGAUUAUAUAAAGGGAACGGUGCAAUGAUGAUUCGGAUCUUUCCCUACGGAGCGAUCCAGUUCAUGGCCUUUGAGCAUUAUAAAACGUUCAUUACUACAAAGCUGGGAGUUUCUGGUCAUGUGCACAGAUUAAUGGCUGGAUCCAUGGCAGGCAUGACAGCAGUCAUCUGCACUUACCCUCUUGAUGUGGUGAGGGUGCGCCUGGCCUUCCAGGUGAAAGGAGAGCACACCUAUUCAGGGAUCAUCCAUGCCUUCAAGACCAUCUAUGCCAAGGAAGGUGGUUUCCUUGGAUUCUACAGGGGACUGAUGCCCACCAUACUAGGAAUGGCUCCAUAUGCGGGUGUUUCCUUUUUCACCUUUGGAACCUUGAAGAGCGUGGGGCUCUCCUACGCUCCCACCCUGCUUGGCCGGCCCUCGUCUGACAACCCCAACGUCUUAGUUUUGAAAACGCACAUAAACCUACUUUGUGGUGGUGUUGCUGGAGCAAUAGCGCAGACGAUAUCCUACCCAUUUGAUGUGACCCGUCGGAGAAUGCAGUUAGGGGCGGUCCUCCCGGAGUUUGAGAAGUGCCUUACCAUGCGGGAGACCAUGAAGUACGUCUAUGGCCACCAUGGGAUCCGGAGAGGAUUGUACCGUGGCUUAUCUCUCAACUACAUCCGAUGCAUUCCCUCUCAGGCUGUGGCUUUCACGACCUAUGAACUCAUGAAGCAAUUUUUUCACCUUAACUAAAAGAAAAAAAAUCAUGAUUUGUAGUUAUUUUCCUCAGUAAAUUCUCAGAAGGAUUUGUGUGUGUGUGUGUGUGUGUGUGUGUGUGUGUGUGUGUGUGUGUCUGGCUGUGUCUCUGUGUGUAUGUAUGUGUGUGUGUAUGCAUAUAUACAUGUAUAUGAUACCUUAAUUGUGAGGGAAACAUUACUUGAAGGGGACGUUUGCCCUGACACAGGAACCACUGGUAUUUUAAUACUUGAUUUCUUUGAGUUUUUAAAUCAUAGAUCAAAAAGGCUUAGCAUUAUUUGUUUUUUCUUUUUGAUGGGAUCUCCAUAUGUUACCCUGGCUGGCUUGGAACUCACUGUGGAGAGACCUUCUCUUGCCUCUGCCUCUCAAGUACUGAGAUUCUAGGCAUGGACCACCAUGCCGGCUCUAAUGUACUUUUUUUUUUUUUUUUUUUUUUUUUUGGUUUUUUCGAGACAGGGUUUCUCUGUGUAGCCCUGGCUGUCCUGAACUCACUUUGUAGACCAGGCUGGCCUCGAACUCAGAAAUCCACCUGCCUCUGCCUCCCAAGUGCUGGGAUUAAAGGCGUGCGCCACCACUGCCCAGCUUCUAAUGUACUUUUUAAUGGCAAACGUUAUACCUUAGGACCCUGAAUAGCCAUCUUGGGUAAAGUGUUAUUUGGAAGGAAGAUAAAGUUCAUAUUUGAGUUCAAGAGAUGGUCAUUAGUCCUCCCAUGCCAUUCCAAACUUCCCCUUGUAAUUGUGGUUACUGAGGGGGAUGGGUUGGACUCAAACCCAGGGUCUUUGCAUGCCAAGCCCAUGUUGUACACACUAAGCCACAUCCGCAGCCUGCCAGCGCCAUAGCACUGAGCUAUGUCACUGGCCUUUCUGUUUUGGUUUGGUGCUGGGGACCGCACUAAUGCAUGCUGGUGGCAGAGUCAUUGCACACUGCCAGUGGCCCACACCCCAGCCCGCUUCCCUGCUCAUUAUUUCCCCUUCCCACUCUGCCCUUUCUUUACUUGUUCUGGAGAGUAAACUCAGGGUCUCUCUCGCCUAUCUUGCUAGAUAAGGGCUCUACCUCUGAACUACAUCUCCAGCCUUCUAACAUUGUGCAAUGUUAUUAAAAUCAGCCGACUUCCUUUUACUGUAGCAGAGUGAGAACUGAAUAUGUCAGGUCUGUGACGCAGAGCCAGCAACAAAGUUGUGUUCUUAGUAUGUUUCCUCUCAUUUGCCCCAGUGGAUACAAAGCACCUUUCCUCCAUUGCUUUGAAGAGCUUGCUUUCUUUCUAACUGACUUUGGGGAUUGAAUCCAGGGCCUCAUACAUGCCAGGCACGAUGAGAUCCCAUCUGAAAGCCAGGUGUAUAUUGAGGUACCUCCCCAGCCGGCUUUCAGUCUCAAUGAAAGUACUGUUGUAUUUUAAAGGAGAUAUUCAACAAAUGAAGAUGUUCCCAGGUUUUGUUCAAAUGCUAUUAUCAUGGACUUUGAUUUUCAUGAGUUUUAAAAAGCCACUGCCAUCCGUUCCCUUAAAGGAGAGUAACAUUGUAGAUGCUUGUCUUAAAUAACUUGGUAUGUACUAGAAAAUUUAAAUGGACCAUCAAUUUAGAUGAAGCAAUGUUUCUGAGGUAUUAUGUCAAUUUCUUCCGUGUAAUGUAAGUUUAGUGUGUCAUAGUCCUAAGCGUAAAUAUAAAACAUGUUUUGAUUGUUACAUUUUAAAGAGGUUGUUUAGAAUAUAAGAAUUGUGAUCAUUGUGUUUAGAACACUUUUCCAUUGUAAGCAUGACAUGGAGUAGAAUUUGGAGCAGAAGCAGCGAGUUGUCUCUAGAGGUGGUGACUUGUAGAACUGCUGGGAUUUCUAAAACAUUAAAAUUAAGCUGAAAAUGUUACUUCUGCAUUUUUUCAUGUAUGUAAAGAUUUCUAGUCAUAUCUUGCAAAAAAUUGGAUGAAUUAGUUUCAUUUUAUAAUCUUUACUUUAAAAAUAAAAAUGUAUCUUGUGAUUUGUAAA